CGUAGAUUUGUUAUCGAGAGGCGUGCGCGGACUUCCUGGACGCAGCGGGACUGCCUGGAAAUAUAAAUAUUAUAACAUCAAAAGAAGAUGGAGGUAGAGCAGCUUCUCUCUCUCUCGGGCUCAGCUCUGGCUCAGGCCAUCAGCGCCCUGCUGGAGACUCCAGGCCUCUAUGUGUUCUCGGAUAUUCUGGAGUUACCCAACGUCAGGGAGUUGGAGACGGGUCCUCACGCACCAGUGUAUCAGCUGCUCAAUCUUUUUGCCUAUGGAACCUAUUGUGACUACAAAGAGAGAGCAGCCUCUCUGCCAGAGCUAACCCCUGCACAAAAGAACAAGCUCCGCCAUCUGUCAAUCAUCAGCAUGGCUUCCAGUCUAAAGUGCCUGCCCUACUCCCUACUUCUGCAGCAGCUGGAGCUGAAGAACGUGCGAGAGCUGGAAGACUUGCUCAUCGAGGCAGUGUACUGCGAUAUCAUCCAGGGCAAGUUGGACCAGCGCAAUCAGCAGGUGGAGGUGGACUGCAGCGUGGGCCGAGACCUGGGACCCAAUGAGCUCCCCAACAUUGCCAACACGCUGCAGGAGUGGUGUUUGGGUUGCGAAGCCGUGCUGUGUGGGAUCGAGGAGCAGGUUUCCAGGGCUAAUCAGUACAGAGAGAGUCAGUUGAAGGUCAAGGUGCAGGUGGAGACAGAAGUUUCAAAUCUGCAGAAAACACUCAAGGCCAGUUCUGCCUCGCCGUCAUCAGGUCCAGCCCCUGCUGGUGCAGCAUCCAAUCAAGAUGCUGAUCAACCAGCUGAGCCUCGAGAUCCUGCUUCCUCACAGGAAGCACGGCAACCGGGCAAGAAGAGUUCCAAAGUUAAAGGACUCCGUGGAAGCGGGAAGAUCUGGUCAAAGUCAAACUAAGAGAUGCUGAGGAAGGAGGGGCGAGAUAGCUUUUAAUUAGCCCUCUCACAGAUGUACAGGUCGACGGACGGACGGACUGACGGACGGACAGACAGACUGACCGGUGUACAUAAAGAAUAUGAUUAACAUGUAGUGCAAGCGUUCGCAUUCUGUGCGAGCGCUUAAAGAGCAGGGCGGCAUGUGUGUGCAUGUGCGUGCGUAUGUCGGAUUACGUAAGGUCAAUAGGUAAGCAGUGAUCAAAACUAAAGGCAUGUAUGUGCGCACACUUAUUGUUUUAAUUUUAAUUUCUUUUGAGUGUUAAAGUGUGAGGAAAAUAAGAAUAUAUACUAUUGACAAUAAAUACUUCCUUGUA